AUGAUUUUGUUUAUUUGUGGAGAAAUCAAUCCAUCACCAGCAGCAAUUUUAACUGGUCAUGAUAGAGAAAUAACAUGUUUAUGGAUAUCAGCUGAACUUGGUAUUGUUUUAAGUGAUAGUGAACAAAGUCUUGUACUUCAACAUAUACUUAAUAGUGAUAUAUUACAUUCAUUUGAAAAUCCAUCAAAAAUAUCUACACCACGUCUAUUAUCAUCAUCCAAUGAUGGUGAUAUUAUUGUUUGUUAUGAUCGUUCAAAAUUAUGUUUAUAUACAUUAAAUGGAAAAUUAAUGAGACAAGCAAUAUUUGAAGAUGAAACAAUUCAAUGUAUGGUUUUAAAUAUUGAUAGUCAAUAUACAGUUAUUGAUAGUGAUCGAGGUUUUGUACAAAUCAUUCGAACACAUGAUUUACAACCUGUUUAUGCUUAUCUCCAAUGUGAUGCUAGUAUUCGUUCAUUAGCAAUAACUCAUGAUCAAAAAUAUAUCAUGGCAGGUUUUUCUACAGGUUGUUUGAUUUUAUUUAAUGUUAAUUUUAAUGUUCUUAAUCAAGCUCGACGUGAUUCUGGAACGCUUACUGCAAAUGUUUAA